UCUCAAAUCCUUAUUUCAAGUCUCUCCGCGCCUCUAUUUCGUCUCUGUCUCUCUGUGGUUGAUUGGUUUUUGGGGGUUUUUUGUAUUCCUCUUCAAUCUUCAUCCACAGAAUCCCGAAAAUCUCACACUCCUCUCUCUCUCUCUCUCAAUCGCCGCAAGAAUCACGUAUUUUGGAGCAAAAAUAUUCUCUUUUUUUCACAUUCUUUUAUUUCCUAGUGUGGUAAAAAGGGUGAUGACGAUGAUAUCAUGAGCCACCGCCGCCUCCUUUUCUCUUCGUUUUCCAUCCUAUAGCAUUCAAUAAAAGUCAAUUUUUUCGUCUCUAUUUAUUAUUUUUUUUGGGUUUCUGGAGUUGAGAGCUUUGCUUGCACGCGUGCUGUUUCUGGGUAUUUUCCGUUUUCCCUUUUGAAGUUGAAUUUGGUCUUUGGUCAGAUUGAAGGUGGGAAUUGGGUCGUUUUCUGAGGGUUUACUUCUUGUUAUUUUUUUAUUGUGGUACACGAAAUUUUAGACAUAUAAAAAAUGGUUGGUGAUGGGGUUUCUGGGAGUUUGAACUGUUGAAGGUUUUUUUUUUUCCUCGAGUAUUGAAAUAAUAAUCGUGUUCUUUUUUAUUAGAAAUAUUGAUUUUGAGUUAUAAGGUCAAUCCUGACGAAUUGGAAAAGGAUUUUGGGUAGGUGAAACUGAGUUCCUAUUGGGAUCACAUUUAUCUAUUCAUUUUUUCCUAUUUUAUUUGAUUUAUUUGGUAUUUUGGUUGGUGUUCUAUCUGUCAAUAACUUCUUGUCGAUCUUCCAUUGCCGAUUGCGAAAGUGGUUUACUACUUUUGCUGUGUUGAUCAUUCAAUUCAAACCCGUGUGUGUUUUUCGAUCAAAUUCGACAACACCAGAAUGGAAAUUUCAACCUUUCUGGUGAUCAUGGCUCUCUAAGAUAAGAGUCCUAUUUUUCUGGGUUUUGCUGUUUUGUUACAAACAUUUCUUUGCAUUUCUGGAUUUCUGUUUGGGUUCUUUACGAUGGAUUCAAACACAAGCGAGGAUGUUGAGAUUGUUAAGUCUCCCAAUGAAUUGAAUAAGCCAGAGGGACCUGUGAAAUCGAUUGCAAAAGGUUCAGGGAGUUUCAGUAACAAAGACAUGUUCUUUCGAGCUGAUAAAAUUGAUCUCAAAAGCUUGGAUAUUCAGCUGGAGAAGCACCUGAGUAGGGUUUGGUCGAAGAACAUUGAAAACCGGCCCAAGGAAGAGUGGGAGAUUGAUUUAGCUAAGUUGGAUAUAAGGCAUGUUAUUGCUCAUGGGACUUAUGGGACUGUUUAUCGCGGCACCUAUGAUAACCAAGAUGUUGCAGUGAAGCUGUUGGACUGGGGGGAGGAUGGUAUUGCCACAACUGCUGAAACUGCUGCUCUCAGGGCAUCAUUUCGGCAGGAAGUUGCUGUUUGGCACAAGCUUGACCAUCCUAAUGUUACAAAAUUUGUUGGAGCCUCAAUGGGAACUUCAAAUCUUAAGAUACCUUCUAAGAAUGAUGUUGACAGCUCCAUCCCUUCCAAAGCAUGUUGCGUUGUUGUAGAAUAUCUCCCUGGUGGGACACUGAAACAGUACUUGAUAAGAAAUAGGCGAAAGAAGCUUGCUUAUAAAGUUGUGAUCCAACUUGCUUUGGAUCUCUCCAGAGGUCUUAGCUAUUUGCACUCAAAGAAGAUUGUACACCGUGAUGUCAAAACGGAAAACAUGUUGCUAGAUGGUCACAGAACUCUGAAGAUUGCUGAUUUUGGCGUUGCUCGUGUCGAGGCUCAGAAUCCAAGGGACAUGACCGGUGAAACUGGUACCCUUGGAUACAUGGCACCAGAGGUUCUUGAUGGUAAGCCGUAUAAUAGAAGAUGCGAUGUCUACAGCUUUGGCAUAUGCUUAUGGGAAAUUUAUUGUUGUGAUAUGCCUUAUCCUGACCUCAGCUUUGCCGAUAUAUCAUCUGCUGUUGUUCGUCAGAAUUUACGACCAGAGAUCCCCAGAUGUUGUCCAAGUUCUUUGUCAAACGUCAUGCGAAAGUGCUGGGAUGGAAAUGCAGAAAAGCGUCCUGAAAUGGAUGAAGUGGUAAGAAUGUUAGAAGCUAUUGAUACAAGCAAGGGAGGAGGGAUGAUACCCGACGACCAGUCCCGAGGUUGUUUCUGCUUCUCUCCAGCUCGCGGACCCUGAAUUUUCUCAUCUACUUCAUUUAUAUGCCAUAAUAUCUGAAGUCGAAACGAAUAAAUUUGUAUACUUUCUUCUUUUCCAGUACACAUUUUCUCAUACAGUACCAAUCUUGAUGGAGCAUUAAGGUUUUUAAUUUUUACGCAACUUGCGGUGAUAUUGUGUUGUUGAGAAGGGGAGCAAUAAGUGUGUAAUGUUGCUGAUGGUGAGUGAGUUAGUCCCUGGAGGUUGUGUGGUAAUGUUUGAAUCAGCGAUGUUAUUGCUCCACUUUUUUUUUCUCAAUUGGAAGAUGCAUUUACAUACAA